AAAUACGGGAGUGUUCCUGCUGGCUUUUUUCGGUUAUUGAAGUGAUACACAUUGUUGUAGUAGAUAUUCAGAUCGAAACGGGAGCGUAAAAUCAUAUCUAUCUGUGCCGUUCCGAAGAGUUGAGUGAAAAAUCUUGCUGCCGAAAGCAUCAGCAUAUGUUGGAUUGAAGGCUUGAAAGUUAAUUGGAGAUAAUUUCAGCAGUUUGUGAUUAUGGAAAACGUCCCCAAUCGAGUCAGAAUGUGUUGACCUAGGCAGAAGCGGUGUGAAUUUGGGGAUUCCUUGGGUGGGCUUCCACCUUCUCGAAAAAGAAGGUGGUUUCCAUUCCGAAGAGAGUGCAGAUUAUAGUGUCUUUUUCCUCGCCUAAGGUUAAAUCUAUUGAGAACAAGAAGGAUAAGCUGACCUAUCAUCCUCGGAGGAUAUUCGGAACAUCGAAAUUGAAGUGCGAUUUGCUGAGUAGGGAAGAGAAGUAGCAACAGCAAUGGCAGGUGAUUUUUCCGGAUGUACAGCUCGCAAGAAGAAUCGAGCCCAGUCGAUCGAAUACAAUCCGGCCAAACUGGACAGCAAUGGGGAAAAUUCGAAACAACAAACCAAUCCGCUAACCACCAGGAGCGGCCUACGGGUGUACAAGAUUGUCAUCCUCGGCGAUGGAGGCGUGGGAAAGUCAGCCGUCACGCUACAGUUUGUGAGUCACAGUUUUCUGGAUUAUCAUGAUCCCACUAUCGAGGACUCGUACCAGCAGCAGGCGGUCAUCGAUGGCGAAGCGGCCCUGCUGGACAUUUUGGACACGGCCGGCCAGGUCGAGUUCACCGCCAUGAGGGACCAGUACAUGCGCUGUGGGGAAGGUUUCAUCAUCUGUUACUCGGUUACGGAUCGGCACAGCUUUCAGGAGGCUUCCGAGUACCGGAAGCUGAUCGCCCGGGUACGGCUCACGGAGGACAUCCCGCUGGUGUUGAUCGCCAACAAGCUGGAUCUACAGUCACAACGAAAGGUUUCCACCGAAGAGGGACGGAAUCUGGCAAAACAGUUCGGAUGUCCGUUCUACGAAACGUCGGCUGCCCUGCGGCAUUACAUUGACGAAGCGUUUUUCUCGCUGGUGCGCGAAAUUCGACGGAAGGAGGAUUCGAGGGUUCUCGACAACGGUUCCAGCUCCGAGAAACUACAUUCCCGAAGGCGAAGCCGCUGGUGGCGAUUGCGAUCGAUAUUUGCGCUGGUAUUUCGGCGAAGGCGAAACCUGAACGGCAACAUAAAUGGCGUUUAAGGCGAGCUGGGCUGGUGACCCAUCAUAUCAUCAACCUCCGAGAUCCUUACUAGUGCACGAGCUUUUGAGUAGGUGUCGUGCGUAUCAGAUCACUUUCCGACAUAGUUUUCAUUGCUGAGGAAAGUUAUAACGAACGAUGAAGAUUUCAACUGGUUUCCGGUUUUGCCUCUGUUUAACAGAGAGAGAAUGACGGAAAUUGUUUAUGUAUCUUAAAUUAUAGGCUUACUUACGUUUCUUUGAAGACACAUUGAAAGAAGUAGUAAAUAUGUAAUCAGAAAAGAAUGUUAAUAAUACAUUGAAGCAGAAAUUAUGAAUUUUUGCUUUGUUGAUAUAAUACCGAUUUUAUGUAGAUCUUUAAAUUAUGAUCUAAGUCACCAAAAUCCACCCAAAAAAUUAAAGAAACUAAUAGCAAAAAAUUCCGCAAGACAAACCCAAGAAUAAAAGUUUCCAAAACAAGCAUUAAGCCAUAGUCAAACCUUUUAUACUUAUUCUUAUUUUAUGAAAAACAAUCUGUGAUUUACUUUA